AUGAGGACUCAUAUGAUGUUUUUGCUUUUCCAAAUGGUGAUUUAUAGCAUGACAUUGGUAUCGAUUGCUCUUUCUUUGAGUUCAAACUCAAACACUGAUAAGUUAGCUUUACUUUCUUUGAAGGAAAAACUUACAAAUGGCGUGCCUAAUUCUCUACCAUCAUGGAAUCAUUCUUUGCAUUUCUGUGAAUGGCAGGGAGUUACAUGCGGUCGUCGUCACAAGAGAGUCACUGUCUUGCAUUUGGAGAAUCAAACGUUGGGUGGUACUCUUGGUCCAUCCGUAGGAAAUCUAACAUUUCUUAGAAUACUCAUACUUUUCAACAGCGAGUUGCAUGGUGAAAUUCCAAAACAUGUUGGUCGAUUGAAACGGUUGCAACUUCUUGACUUGACCAACAACAAUAUUGGGGGAGAGAUUCCCACGGAGCUCGCUAACUGCACUAAUAUCAAGGUAAUUAUUUUGCGUUACAAUAAACUCACAGGAAGAAUUCCAACAGAGUUAGGUUCAAACAUUCAACUUAGUGAAUUGGGUCUCAGGAAAAAUAAUCUAGUUGGUACUAUUCCAUCUUCUCUAGGAAAUAUUUCCUCACUCCAAGAAAUAUCUCUUACAGAAAAUUACUUGGAAGGAAGUAUACCUUAUUCUUUGGGUAAAUUGUCAAGUUUAAAAAGCCUUUAUCUAGCUAUAAAUAAUUUGUCAGGUGAAAUUCCUUCUUCACUUUACAACCUAUCAAAUAUUCAAGUUUUCAGUCUUGCAGCAAACAAGUUAUUGGGUAGUCUUCCAUCAAAUAUAGAUAUUGUUUUUCCCAAUAUUAAAGAAUUCUUUGUAGGAGGGAACCAACUUAGCGGAACUUUUCCAGCUUCAAUAUCCAACCUCACUGAAUUGCAAUCUUUUGAAAUAUCAUGGAAUGUUUUCAAUGGGCCAAUACCUCUUACUUUAGGUAGAUUGAAAAAACUUGAGAAGUUUAGUAUUAGUGUUAAUAAUUUUGGGAGUGGAGGACCUCAUGAUUUGGACUUCCUUGCUUCGUUAAGCAACUGUACUAAAUUGUCAACGCUUGAAAUUUACAAAAAUAGAUUUGGUGGCAAAUUGUCCGUUCUUAUAGGAAACUUAUCCAUCCAUCUGAUUAGAUUUGAUGUGAGGUAUAACCAAAUUUAUGGAGUGAUACCAGAGAGAAUAGGACAAUUAAUCGGUUUAACUUACUUAAGCAUCGGAAAUAAUUUCCUUGAGGGAACAAUUCCAAAUUCAAUUGGAAAACUUAAGAAUCUUGUAGUAUUAGACUUGGAAAACAAUAAAAUAUCUGGUAAUAUCUUUACUAGUAUUGGCAAUCUUACUAUAUUAUCAGGAUUAUAUUUGUCUGGUAAUAAGCUAAAAGGAAGAAUUCCACUUACCCUCAAGCAUUGCACUCAGUUGGACACAUUAAGUAUUUCUGAUAACAAUUUGAGUGGUGAUAUACCAAAUCAAACAUUUGUCUAUCUAAAAAAUUUAGUAAACCUUGACUUGUCUAACAACUCCCUCACCGGUUUCAUUCCUUUAGAAUUUGGUAGCUUAAAGCAUAUUUCUAUGUUGUAUUUAUAUCAAAACAAGUUGUCUGGUGAAGUCCCCAAUGAACUUGGUGGAUGUUUUACCUUAACAGAGCUUAGGCUGUGGGAAAAUAGUUUUCAUGGAGAUAUAACUUCCUUUUUGAGAUCUUUAAGUUCCUUAGAAGUCUUAGAUAUGUCUAAUAACAAUUUCUCAAGCACAAUUCCCUUUGAACUAGAAAAUUUCACACUUCUAAAUACUUUGGACCUAUCUUUCAAUAAUCUCUAUGGUGAGGUUCCCACGAAAGGUGUCUUUAGCAAUGUCACGUCAAUUUCAUUAAUUGGAAACAAGAACCUUUGUGGAGGGAUACCUCAGUUGAAGCUUCCAAAAUGCAUUAGGGCUUCCUCCAAGAAACAUAAAAUGUCUCUAAAAAGGAAACUUAUCAUCAUCAGUGUAAUUGGGGGUGUUUUGAUCUCUUUCCUAGCUUUUAUAACUGUCCAUUUUCUAAUGAGAAAGCCCAAAAAAUUACCUUCUUCACCAUCUCUACAAAAUAAGUCAUUUAGAGUUACGUAUGGAGAUCUACAUGAAGCAACCAAUGGAUUUUCUUCAUCCAAUUUGGUAGGAAGGGGAAGCUUUGGUUCGGUUUACAGAGGAUCACUUCUUAACUUUGAAAGACCUAUUGCUUUAAAGGUGUUGAACCUUGAAACACGUGGGGCAGCAAAGAGUUUCGUUGCAGAAUGCAAUGCUUUAGGAAAGAUGAAACAUCGGAAUCUUGUUAAGAUCUUAACUUGCUGUUCAAGUGUUGAUUAUCAGGGUGAAGAAUUCAAGGCUAUUAUUUUUGAGUUCAUGCCUAAUGGGAGUCUAGAGAAUUUUUUGCAUGAUAAUGAAGGGUCUGGAAAACAUACUCUCAUCUUAUCAAAAAGGGUAGACAUUGCUCUUGAUGUAGCUCAUGCAUUGGAUUAUCUUCACCAUGAUGAAGAGCAAGUUGUAGUUCACUGUGAUGUCAAGCCAAGCAAUGUUCUUCUUGAUAAAGAUAUGGUAGCUCACUUGGGAGACUUUGGUUUAGCAAGGCUCAUUCAUGGAUCCACAAGUAAAGAUCAAGUUGACUCCUCAACAAUUAAAGGAACAAUAGGAUAUGUUCCUCCUGAGUAUGGAGCUGGUGGUCCGGUAACACCAGAGGGAGAUAUCUAUAGCUAUGGAAUUAUGUUGUUGGAAAUGCUUACCGGAAAAAGAUCAACUGAUGAUAUGUUUUAUGAGAAUCUUAGUCUACACAAAUUGUGUAAGAUGAAAACUCCUGAAGGAAUUCUUGACAUAGUAGAUUCACGUUUGAUUAUGCCCUUUGUAGAAAACAAUAUAAAGGAGUGUCUGGUGAUGUUUGCUAAAAUAGGAAUUACAUGUUCUGAAGAAGUUCCUACUCAAAGAAUGCUCACAAAACAUGUCAUUCAAAAUUUGCUUAAAAUUAAAGACAAGUUGUCCUGCUAG